CAAAACUGUGGAAAGAGUAUCUGGGAACUGAGCAUGGUAGGAUCUUGAAGAGAAAAGUAGCUGGGAUCGACGGGAAGAGGAAGGGGAGGAAUGGCAUCCCGAGAGAGGCUGUAUGAGCUUUGGAUGCUUUACUGCAAUAAGAAAGAUCCAGAUUAUCUGAAGCUCUGGUUGGACAGUUUUGUGUCUAGCUAUGAACAGUUUCUGGAUGUGGACUUUGAGAAGCUGCCAACGAGGGUGGAUGACAUUCCCCCAGGAAUAUCGCUGCUUCCUGAUAACAUUCUUCAGGUCCUCAGGCUCCAGUUGCUACAGUGUGUCCAGAAAAUGUCAGAUGGCCUGGAAGAGCAGCAGCAGACUCUGUCACUUUUACUUGUGAAAUUCUUUAUCAUCCUUUGCAGGAAUUUGGCUAAUGUGGAAGAGAUUGGUAUGUGUUCAUACAUUAACCAUGUUAUCACCAUGACUACAUUGUACAUUCAGCAGUUAAAAAGCAAAACAAAAGAAAAGGAGGUGGAGGAUCAGACCCCCAUAGAAGAAUUUGUGAGACAUGCAUUGGCUUUCUGUGAAAGCCUGUACGAUCCGUAUCGAAACUGGAGGCAGCGAAUUGCAGGACGUUUCCUUAGCACAGUUGAAAGGAGCAGACAGAAGUAUAAACCAGCUUCCCUCACUGUUGAAUUUGUCCCUUUCUUUUACCAAUGCUUUCAAGAAAGUGAACAUCUCAAGGAAAGCCUAAAAUGUUGCCUGCUGCAUCUCUUUGGAGCUAUUGUGGCUGGUGGUCAGAGGAAUGCUCUUCAAGCAGUAUCUCCUGCCACCAUGGAGGUCUUGAUGCGUGUUUUAGCAGACUGUGACAACUGGGAUGACAGAAACCCUGAGGAAGUGAGCAGGAAGGCAGAGCUGACUCUGAAGUGCCUGACAGAAGUUGUCCAUAUCCUCCUAACCAGCAGUUCUGACCAGCGCCAAGUCGAGACAAGUACAAUCUUGGAGAACUAUUUCAAGUUGCUUAAUUCAGACCACUCAGCCUUACCUAACCCAAGGCGAUGCAGGCAGUGGGAGAGCAGAUUCAUAGCACUACAGGUCCAAAUGCUGAAUACCAUCACAGCCAUGUUGGACUGCACAGACAGGCCUGUUCUGCAGGCAAUUUUCCUUAACAGUAACUGCUUCGAGCAUCUCAUUCGACUGUUGCAGAACUGCAAGCUGUUUUUAAAUGCUAACAAUAAAGUGGCAGACAAGAGUGAGAAAGACCUUACCAACAAAUUACUGACAGAAAUGAAUGAGGACCAGGUGUUUCAGGGACACCUGGACUCCUUGGCAGUAUCAACCAUUCAGGCCCUCACAGCAGUGAUGCACAAGUCUCCAGCUGCAAAGGAAGUCUUCAAGGAGAGGAUUGGGUAUGCACACAUAUAUGAGGUACUGAAAUCACUGGGUCAACCAUCACGGGAAUUGCUGGAAGAACUCAUGAAUAUGGCUGUUGAAGGUGACCACAUGGCUGUUGGGAUACUAGGCAUUAGUAACGUCCAGCCCUUAUUGCUGCUCAUCCAGUGGCUUCCAGAGCUAGAAUCACACGAGCUGCAGAUUUUCAUCUCCAACUGGUUGAGGCGAAUCUGCUGCAUUGACAGACAGAGCCGUGCCACGUGCGUCAAUGCGAACAUGGUCAUCCGUAUCAUCGAGACGCUCGGUUCCCACUCGGUGCUGCACUGCACUUGUGCAGAGAACCUGAUUGCUCUGCUGGGCUCCUUGGGGAGCCACUCCAUGGGCUCCGAGGAGCUGCUGCGCCUGGUGCGGCUGCUGCGGCCGGAGGAGCCGCGCGGCGCCCACCCGUACGUGGUGCCGGUGCUGCGCGCGCUGCUGGCCAUGGCGCGGAAGCAGGGCCUGGCCAGCGCCCUGCAGUACUUCGACCUGCACCACAGCAUGGCCGGCAUCGCGCUGCCCGCCAUCCACCGCUGGCCGGGCGCCGCCUUCUCCUUCAGCGCCUGGCUCUGCCUCGACCAGGACCGCGUGGAGCCCGGCACCGCGGGCAAGAGCGGCAGGAGGAAGCAGCUCUAUAGCUUUUUUACAGGAAGUGGGAUGGGGUUUGAAGCCUUUUUUACGUGCUCAGGGGUAUUGGUGGUUGCAGUGUGCACGAAGAGGGAAUAUGCAACAGUGAUGCUGCCAGACCAUUGUUUCUUUGACUCUCUCUGGCACAACAUAACUAUUGUUCACGUGCCUGGGAAGAGGCCCUUUGGUCAGAGCCUUGUGUAUAUCUAUGUCAAUGGACAGCAGAAGGUCUCUGCCCCGCUUCGGUUCCCUGCUAUGAAUGAAUCCUUUACUUCUUGCUGCAUUGGUUCAGCUGGCCAAAGAACAACCACUCCUCCUCCAUCUCAGAUACCAGAUCCGCCCUUCUCCUCCCCGCUCAUGCCCCAUCGGACGUCGCUGGGCGGCAUUCUCGCUACGGGAGCCUGGGGUGGGGGGCUUGGAAAACCAGAGUUCAUCACCAAAAUGAUCUCAGCAGGCACUCAGGACAGUGAAUGGGGGUGUCCAACAUCUCUGGAGGGCCAGCUUGGAUCAGUUAUUGUCUUUCAUGAACCAUUGCAGCCUUCUCAGGUGAAAGCAUUAUAUUUAGCAGGUCCAAACUGUUUAACUCCAUGGAAGUCUCAAGAAGCUGAAGUAGCAGAUCUCCCCAGUAAGGUGCUGCUUCAUUAUACACCAAAGGCCUGCAGAAACCCAAUUUGCCUUGACCUGUCUGCAAAUCUUCUACAUGGAAGACUAACUGGAAACAAAGUAGUGAACUGGGACAUCAAGGAUAUGAUAAACUGCAUUGGUGGGAUAAAUGUGCUGUUUCCAUUGCUGGAGCAGAUCAGCUUUCUUGGGGGACAGAUACCUGAGAAGUCUGAAGGAGAAACUCUGCCUCCAGAACUAGUAACUCCUGUAGAGGGUGACUGGGUGGUGUUUUCAUCCCCAAAGGCAUCAGAAGCACGCCUGGAGAAGAACAUAGUUGCAACUUUCAUCUUGAUGAUAAAACACUUCAUUCAGGGACAUCAUGUUAAUCAAGAAAAUCUUAUUCACUCCCAUGGAGUUGCCACCCUAGGAGCCUUGUUGCAGAAGGUGCCAAGCAUCUUAAUGGAUGUGAAUGUCCUGAUGGCUGUGCAGUUGUUGAUAGAACAAGUCUCAGUAGAAAAGAACAUGCAGCUUUUGCAACAGAUGUAUCACCACUUACUUUUUGACUUCAGCAUCUGGAACAGUGGUGACUUUCCCUUCAGAAUCGGACAUAUACAGUAUCUUUCUACAAUCAUCAAAGACAGUAGAAGACUCUUCAGAAAGAAGUAUGGUGUGCAGUUUCUCCUAGACACACUCAGGAUUUAUUAUGGGACUGGUUGUAAAGACAGUGAUUUGGCUCCUGAUGACCUGAGAACAAUACGGAGAUCCCUGUAUGGACUGAUCAAAUAUUUCCUGAGCAAAGGAGGAACACAUGAAGAAAUUCAGAGCAUUGUAGGAUACAUAGCUGCCACCAGUGAUGAGGAGCAGCUCUGCGGAAUUUUGGAUGUUCUCUUCAGUCUACUUCAUUCCAGCCCAACUCCAGACCAGCUUUUUUUAUUGCUCUUUGAACCAGGGAAUGCUGAUAUUCUUUAUGCUCUGUUAUUGCAUCAAAGAUACUCUGACAGGCUUAGAGAACUUGUGUUCAAGAUUGUGGAGGAGAUGCUGAAAUGCACCAAAGUUUAUGAACGGAGCAAGCACCGCAUGAGACUCAGAGAAGUGGGAUACUCUGGGCUGGGGCUCCUUCUGAAUGAAUCACCAGUUACUGUUUCUCUUAUUAAAAACCUUCUUAACCAAGUUCUGUAUGCAGAUCCUGCUGUGAAUUACAAAGAUCUCCUAGCUGUAGUGUAUCUGGCUCAUAGAUCAGAUAUAAACAUGAGAGUGAUUAUCUGUAGAAAGAUUUUGCACCUUUUGCAUACCCAAUUGGAUGCAGCACAACAGAUUUCUCAGCAGCUGGGCUGGCAGGACACUUUGGUUAGACUGUUCCUGAAAGAAAACUCAGAGGUCCGCAUUGGCUUUAAGGAGAACCGGACUGAUUCCUCCAGGGAAGAGGAAAAAAAGCCUCCUACUGAGGAGCUUCAGAAACAUCAAGCUGAUAAGACAGAGAGAGAGAAAGCUGGCAGCUUUGCAUCAGUGAACGGUCUGUUUGAUCAGUGGAGUUUAGAAGACAACAAAUCCCUGGAUGUCCCUGCCCAUUUCUCUGUUAUGCCACUGGAAGAUGCAUCGACAGCAGAAAUGUCGUUUAGUUCGGAAGGCCGAGAAUUGUGGCACAGCAAUCCUUCACAUUUGAGUUUAGAUCUGUCCAGUGUUGACUCUUACGAGCUGGCUGAUGUUGGGAAUCAGAUGACAGACAGCCAGCCCAGCACUCCCUCACCCACAGAGAGCACAAAGCCCUUCUCUGGACAGCCUGACAAAGAGCUGGGGGUUACAAACGAUGUCGGCUUCACUGCUGAGCUUUCUCUAUUUGAAAACCAAGGAGGGAGCGAUAAUGAACUCAUACAGUUACUUACAGACAUCCUGCUGUGUAUAAUGUGGAAAGGUAUUGAAAGAUCUGAUGACGAUGCUUGGAUUGAGAGAGGACAGGUGUUCUCUGCUCUCACCAAACUGGGGAUGUCCAACGAGUUGCUGCGGCCUUCUGAUGAAAUAAAACUCAACUUGCUGGAGAAGAUGUUGGAAUGGUCAGUCACUGAUAACAGAGAUUCAAAAGCUCUCCCUACACAUGCUGAAAAUGCCUUCAAGCUCUUGCUAAUUGUACAAGGUUUCCUGCAGGCAGAAGGACUGAUUAAUUCAAAUUUAUGGACAGAGAAGCUCUUGGAAGAACUAGUGACUCUCAUGGAUAGCCUGUCAGUCUGGUACUCUGCUGGCCUCGAAGCAAUUAGACUUUCACAGGUGCAAGUGCAGCUGCUCCUUGGAUUCAUUGCACAGGACAACUUACAGGUCUGUGCCAUGGCAGCAGCCAAGCUGAACACCCUCCUUCAGACCAAAGUAAUUGAGAGCCAGCCUGAAGCGUGCUACCUCCUGGGGAAGCUGGAAGGCAUUUUGAGUAGGUCGAUUGAAGAGAAGACAGAAACUUACUCAUUUUUGAUUCCCCUUGUUCGGACACUGGUAUCCAAGAUUUAUGAACUUCUCUUUAUGAACCUGCACCUUCCUUCAUUGCCUCCUACCAAUGGUAGCCCGUCUUUCUUUGAGGACUUCCAAGAAUACUGCAGAUCUGAUGAGUGGCAAGUUUAUAUCGACAAAUAUAUUAUUCCAAAUAUGAAGCAAUAUGAAGAGAGUUCAUUCAGACAUGAUAAUGAGCAGAUGGCACUUUAUUGGAAAGAUUGUUAUGAAGCAUUUAUGGUGAACAUGCACAAGCGAGACCGGGAAAGAGGAGAAAGUAAGCUUAAAUUUCAGGAGCACUUUGUGGAGCCGUUCGGCAGGAAGGCUCGGCAGGAGAACCUGCGGUACAACAGCAUGCUGAAGCAGCUCAGCAGUCAGCACACAGCCACGCUGAGACAGUGGAGGGCAGCCCAGCUCUACCUGUUCUCUGAGCGCGGGCCUUGGGCUGACAGGAAACAGCGUCCUGUUCACUGGAAACUUUCAAAUGUGGAAAAUUUUUCACGUAUGAGACUAAAACUAGUGCAGAAUUACAACUUCAACUCUCAUCAGGAUGCUAGUGACCUGAGAGAUAAUUUAGGUGUGCACCAGACACAGCCCUCCAGUGAGUCUCUGCUUCUGGAGGUGGUGAAGCAGGUGAAAGUGAGUGAUUUGGAAGAUGAUGUUCUGGAACUCCCAGAAGAAGACACAGCAGCCAGCUCCAAUUUGGAUGAGAAGGAUGAGGAAAGUCAGAAAGAAAAGUUAAUAUUGUCUGAAGACUGUGAACUCAUUACAGUAAUUGACGUGAUACCGGGCAGGCUGGAGGUGACUACCCAGCACAUCUAUUUCUUUGAUGGUAGCAUUGAGAAAGAGGAAGGGGUAGGUUUUGAUUUCAAGUGGCACCUUUCUCAAAUUCGAGAGAUCCAUUUGCGUCGGUACAACCUGAGGAGGUCAGCUUUGGAGAUCUUCCUCACGGAUCAAACCAACUAUUUCCUCAACUUCAAUAAGGAGGUACGAAACAAAGUGUACAGUCGGAUAUUGUCACUGCGCUCUCCAAACAUUUCUGGGACCAGAUCCCCACAGGAGCUUUUCAAAGCAUCAGGUUUGAUGCAGAAAUGGGUGAAUAGAGAAAUAUCCAACUUUGACUACCUUAUUCAGCUGAACACCAUGGCAGGACGAACUUACAAUGACCUUGCUCAGUAUCCUGUGUUUCCCUGGAUUUUACGAGAUUACACCUCAGAAGAGCUGGACCUGAAUAAUCCUGCAGUAUUCAGGGACCUGUCCAAACCCAUAGGUGUGGUAAAUGAGAAGAACGCUAAGACUGUGAAAGAGAAAUAUGAGAAUUUUGAAGAUCCUCUUGGGAUGAUUGACAAAUUUCACUAUGGCACACAUUACUCAAAUGCUGCUGGGGUCAUGCAUUACCUCAUUCGGGUAGAGCCUUUCACAACACUUCACAUCCAGCUUCAGAGUGGCAGAUUUGACUGUGCUGACAGACAGUUCCAUUCUAUUCCUGCCACCUGGCAGGCACUCAUGGACAACCCCAAUGAUGUCAAGGAACUUAUCCCAGAGUUCUUCUACUUUCCAGAAUUCCUGGAGAAUCAAAAUGGUUUUAACUUAGGCCAGCUCCAAAUGUCAAAAGAGGUGGUAAAUGAUGUUGUUCUGCCUAAGUGGGCCCACUCCCCAGAAGACUUUAUUUAUAAACACAGGAAGGCUCUGGAAUCUGAGUAUGUUUCUGCUCAUCUUCAUGAAUGGAUAGAUUUGAUUUUUGGCUACAAGCAGAGGGGACCAGCUGCAGUGGAGGCGCUUAAUGUGUUCUAUUAUUGUACUUAUGAAGGGGCUGUGGAUUUGGAUGCUUUAACAGAUGAGAAAGAAAGGAAGGCUUUGGAAGGGAUGAUAAACAAUUUUGGGCAAACUCCCUGUCAGCUAUUAAAGGAGCCCCACCCACAAAGGCUGUCAGCAGAAGAGGUAGUGCAGAGACUGACUAAAAGUGAUACCUCUACUCUGAACCUCUUCCAACACCUCACUGAGCUGAAGUCGUUCUUCAUAGAGGGAAUUAGUGAUGGUGUGCCCAUUGUCAAAGCUGUUGUCCCCAGGAAUCAGUCACGUUCCUUUAUUUCUCAGGGAAGCCCAGAGAUCUUGGUAACAACAAGUCUGAACUGCGUUAUUGGAACUCAUGGUUGGCUGCCUUACGACAAAAAUAUUUCCAACUAUUUUACAUUCAUCAAAGAUACAACCGUGACAAAUCCCAAAACACAGCGCAGCAUGAGCGGCCCCUUUGCCCCGGGGCUGGAGAUCACCUCCAAGCUCUUUGCAGUGUCCCACGAUGCAAAGCUGCUCUUCAGCGGUGGACACUGGGACAACAGCAUCCGAGUGACAUCCCUGACGAAGGGCAAGCUGCUGGGACAGCACAUCAGGCACAUGGAUAUUGUGACCUGCUUGGCAAUAGACCACUGUGGAAUUCAUUUAAUUUCAGGCUCCAGAGAUAGUACCUGUAUAAUAUGGCAGAUAGUUCAGCAGGGAGGAGUGCCUGUAGGCCUGGCACCUAAGCCGUUACAGAUCCUUUAUGGGCACACUGACGAAGUGUCAAGUGUUGGCAUCAGCACUGAACUGGAUAUGGCAGUGUCAGGAUCCAGGGACGGCACCGUCAUUGUCCGCACCGUCCGCAAGGGUCAGUACGUGAGGACGCUGCGGCCGCCCUGCGAGAGCUCCCUGCUGCUGACUGUUCCCAACCUGGCCGUGUCCUGGGAAGGCCAUAUCGUUGUCCACACCAGCGUGGAAGGAAAGACUACUCUCAAGGAUAAGAAUGCAUUACAUCUCUAUUCUGUCAAUGGGAAGUAUCUGGGUUCUGAGACUCUGAAGGAGGAAGUGUCUGAUCUGUGUGUAACUGGUGAAUAUAUCGUGAUGGGCAGCUUGCAGGGCUUUCUUUCCAUACGGGAUCUCUACAGCCUGAGUCUGAGCAUCUCUCCCUUAGCCAUGAGACUGCCAAUCCAUUGCAUUUCUGUCACCAAAGAGUACAGCCACAUCCUUGUUGGCUUGGAGGACGGCAAGUUGAUUAUCGUUGGUGUUGGCAAGCCAGCAGAGAUGCGCUCAGGUCAGCUUUCCCGAAAGCUGUGGGGAUCAAGCAAACGGCUCAGCCAGAUUUCAUCAGGAGAGACUGAAUAUAACACUCAAGAUUCCAAGUGAUUGCUGCUUCUACCUUCUCUCAUGGAUUCCAGAAAAAUGAUUAAUCUUUUGGUCACUUUAAAUGUAUAAAUAUGUAAUUAGGGCUUUGAUUCUUAAGCCUGUUGAUGAAGAACCUAUGGUAGAGGUAUGGCAUUAAGCAAAUGUACUCAUGCAAGUUAGCUUGCUUGCAGAUUUGUCCUGAAUUGUGUUGACUUGUUCACAGCAAAAUCCCUCUCUCAACAGCUGCUAAAACUGUGUUUUGGGAGGGCUAAAAAAUCCCCGAACAAUCCCCCCACAAGUCACCAAACCCCCAGAUUACAAAUUGAAUUUAAGAUAAGUAGCAUUUGAUUUAAAGCUGAGUAGGGCCAGAUGCUCCUUGAUACCAAACAAGAUAUUUGGCUUUGCUUUGACAGCACUGUUAUUCCCCAUUAAAUUAAAACUCUGGUGGUUGCAAUUCUGGAUUCAGAAUUGGAUAGAUGGUGGUGACGACCUUCUCAAUACAUUUGUUAGCCUAAUGAACUUGAUUACAAUUUGUUUGUGUAAAUGGCUAUUGCUCUCUUCUAUGUAGUUCCAGUUUUAGGCUGUUCUGCAAGGAACAUCUGUGUUGCACUACUUUAUCAGAAAUUGUUUUAAGUACAGACAUGAAUAACUUCAAAGGAGUUGGUGGUGCAGGAGCUGAAGGAGGUAGGAAAUAUUGCUGCUGAAAAUUAUUUAUGUUGUUGAGUAAACUUAUGACAUACACCAAGAAAUCCCAUUAUAUAUUUAGUAUCUUGAAGAAAUACCCUGGAAGACUCAUUAUCUAUAUUGAUCAAAUAUCAAUCUGCUUCAUUAGUAAGGCAACUCCUGCAAACAAAAGAUAAAUUUCCACUGCAGAAUCAUUAUGCAACAUUGCACCACAGUUCAAUUAAAAAUAGCACCUGUUUGUUCCUUGCCUUGGUGUUCACCAAACCAGUUGUUAGCCAUUUUUUUUCUGUAAAAAUAAACAGGGAAAAACAGAUGAUAUAUCCAUUUUCAAAAUGCAUUUAAGACCUGAAGGUAAAAGAAAAUAUCAGAUCUUUAUGUGUGCUGUAUCCAAUUAUCCAAUUGCUUCCUGUGUUUUGGAGAAGCCAUUACUGGUUGGUUUGGCAUUUAGUUGUUUAGCAAUACAUGGUGGUAGGAGGGGGUGUGUUUUCCUAUCAAUUUGGUAUUUUUCUAAUAUUACUGAUUAAAAUGGUAAACCCUAUAUUGUUAGAAAAGCUGGGUGCUGAGGGAAAAAUAGAAAUUCCAGAUCAGCAUGUGAAGGUGUGUGUAUGUGUAUAUAUAUGUGUGUGUGUGUAUAUAUGUAUAUUCAUGUAUGUAUUAAAAGAAGAAAAUCCCAUGGGGUGAGGGGAGCACAGACACAAGGCAGGUGUGAUUGUGAGCUAAUAUGUUCCCUUUUGGGUCUCCCUUUCUUCCCUCUACCAUCACUUUUCUUGUUAUUUUUAUUUAUUUAUUGAAAUGAAUGUGUGUUGUAUCUCUCAUAAAUGGUAUCAGAUAUUCCCUGUGGCUGGGGAGUUGUUGAACUACCUGAGGAACAUAAUGUAUUAUCUCAUUUCAUUAACUUUUAAGCACAAUAUUUAUUAUUUUUAUGGAAAUAAUAAUAAAAAUAAUAAUACCCUCCUUACCCCUGCUAAAGGAUAAUCUUUACAAGUUAUGUUAGUCUCAUUCAAACUAAUUUCUCCUCCUCCCUUUCUUUACUGGAAAAAAAAAUCCCUCUUGAUGGCUGAUCGGUGUACUUUGUGAAGAAAGUUGUGUUGCGUUUUCUUAACUUUUGUAAAUGAAAUAAAAAAUCAGAUUAGUGAACAAGUGGGUCUAUGCAUAGUUGCAAUAUUCUGCCUAAUCACUGUGACAAGACUGUAUUGUCUGCAAAGUUAGGAGAAAAUAAGAAUUAUUUUCUUGAGUCACUUGCCAAGAGAGGAUUAAACUUCCAAAAGUAGAGUGGUGUGGGUUUUUUCAUACUCCAUGUAUGUAAAAAAAAAAGUAAAUUAACCCACAUCCCAUAUUUUCAAAUAAGCUAUAGAGAAGUGAAAAAUACUAUUUUUAAUCAAUUACUUAUCCAGUAAGAAUACUAAGGGUACUGUGGAAAUAUUAAGUUUGUUCAUGAGAAUGUGAAGUGUGUUUGUCCAUGAUGAUUUCAUGAAGAAGGGAUUUCAGGGGAGCUCUUUGGAGAGUAGUUUAGAAGUAUUUCAGCUCAGAAUGUGAGAUCUUUGUGUUAUGGGAGAUUGAAAAAAACUCAGCUGGGGUGUUGGAUUGAUGGGUUUUAAUGUAUGCAUAAAUGUGUUUAAAAGCAUAGACAAGGCUAAUUGUUUAUUUGGAAGGGAAGGGGGCAUGAAAUUACCAUGUUUUAGGCUAUGAGAAUCAAGUGGAAAAAGAGAGAUGGGUCUUAUGUAGUGUUUGGUGGGAGCACAGUUUUCAUACUGUCACUUGCACUGAGGGGUUUGCACAGGCAUUUGAAAGCACACUAUUGAGGGUUAGGUACGUUUAUACAACAGCUGAAUUAACAUUUUUAGUAGUUCACUAUUAAAGAAUACUGAAUACAGUGUGUCAGUUUAAGUAAAAUAUGAUGUUGCAAUAAUUGUAAUAGUUUGUGAUGAAGACCGUUGCCAUUUAAAUACCCUCAUUUCAGUGCAUCACAAGUGCUGGGUGAUCGUCACAAAUACCUGGGACAGGUUUAAAUGUGGACAGUUCUUGGGCUCUCAAACUCAGGGCUAGUCUGUGCUCAGUACAAAGCAGCAGCAGGAUGAGGAGAGCUGAUCUCUGAGCUGCUUUAUGCCCCAGGUACAAUGACAACAUCCAUGGCCUUUGGAUCUGAGCUCUGGUCCGUGGGGUAGGAGGUGUUCACCAUCACACGCUUGGCAUCCUUGCUAGAGGCCAUCUGGAAGGACCUCCAUAGCUUUGAAAGCCUGCACUUUGCCUUUAUUUAAAACCAGCUUUAAAUAAAAGAUGAGUCAUAAGUGUGAGAAUUAGCUGGUAUGUUGUUUCUUCUAGGUUUAACUUGUUUGCAUAAAAAGUAGACAAUAAUGUUUAAAAAUAGAAAGUAUUUUUUCUGAUCAGCUGGUUAGGUCAGUUGAAUUGCAGCCUGUUGUGCAGUGCACUGUGAAUUGGUCCAUUUUGUUUUUCAGGUAGCACUGGUGAAAUAAGAUUCUCCUUUGGUUCUGAUCAAAGAUUUGUUUAAGUGUAAAAAGUAAAGUUUUGAGAUGAGAGGAUUCCCAUGAGGAAUUUAGAACAAACAAGUCUUAAGUGACAUUUGUUUCAUAGCAGUACAUUUGUCAAUAUCUUCUUUUUGAUAUCUUCAUUUGUUUAAUUUUUGGAACAACUCUAAUAAUAUUUAUCAAAGUUUAAAAUAUGCUUACCUUUGACAAUAAGUAAGUAGGAGUGUAGAUAUAUAUAUCUAAAAGAAACUGAAAACUGACCUACUUUUCAUAUCUGUAUAUAAAUGAGAUCAAGUAGUUAGCAGUAUUACUUCUUCGUAGCACAGUUUUGAACUUGCAUACCAAAGGUUAUUUAGGAGACAUGUCUCUUUUAUUUCAGGUGAAAUGUUUGUUACAUUUCUCUAGAUCGAUUUACUCAUAAUUCUUGAUAGUAUUUUUAUUUAUCUUUUUAGCUGUAGUGAAGAAUCCCAUCUAGUCUUUGCUGGGUUUGAUCUAUAAAAGCAUACAGAAAGUGAGAUGCUCUUCAGGUUAGCAUCUGACUUGAGCAAAUUUUUCUGUACCAAUAUAUUUAUGCAUUACUUGCUCAUAGGAUAUCUAGAAACCACAUUUUCUAUCAUCCAUGUACCUUACCAGCACAAAAUAAUAAUCCCAGUACUAAAGUAACUGCAUUUGUCCUGAUGAUUAAUACACAUUGUGGAAAUUAGGUUUUCGUAGGAAAAUAAUUGAUUGUUUGAUAUUAAAAAAAAGAGGAAAAAAAGAAAAAAACGUAAAACCAACAAAACCACACCCAAUACCCACAACUUCCCCUCCAAAAAAAACCAAACUCACCCACA